UCCAAAAAAAUCCACAAAAUCGAAUAUUCAAAAAAGCACUUUUUUUUUACAUACAACUUGUGUACUUGCCCACAGACACAAAACCCAACAAAUAAAAAACACAAAGAAGUGAAAAAAUAACUAAAGAUUGUACCUUUUGUUAAUUCUUAUAGUUGAAUGCUUGUGAAGACACAAACCCAUUUGUCAAAAUCGUUUCUUGCAUCUGUUUCUUCUUCAAUUCAUCUCUUUGGUCAUCCAUCACUGUAAGGCUGCAGCGAUUGACGAGUUGUGACAUUCAAUUGGCAAUAACUUGUAGGAAGGGAAGAGAGGUACUUCUAAUCUUUAGAAGGAAAUAAUUAUUAGUAUUCAUUGUAGAAUUAUUGUUGGAUGCGAUGGAGGUCUAUAAAGAAAGUACGCAUUCCAAUGGGAAACAAACUUUGAAGCAUUCUAAAUCUGCAGAUGAAGUCAAAAGACAAAGUGAAAACACCUAUAGAUGUUUUCAUUCCAAUGGGAAGCAAAAUUUAAAGCAAACUUCGACGUUUGUUAAUCAUGCUGCAAAUGCUUGGCAUGAGAAUAGAAAAAAGUGGGUUGGCGAUAAGUCUCGGCAAUCACCAAGAACACCUAAGGAACAAAUUAUUAGUUCCCAGGGGAAGGGGUCCCUGGUAACUCGAAGUUCGGCUGAGAGUUCCCAAGGGAAGGGGCCCCUGGUAACCCGAAGUUCGGCCGAGAGCUGGUCAACAUCAUAUGAAGAUCUGCUUUCUACUAACGAACCUUUUGCUGAGCGAAUUCCAUUGCCUGAGAUGGUAGAUUUCUUAGUUGAUAUUUGGCUUGAUGAAGAAGGCACAUUUGACUAAAUUGUUGAAGCUUCAAGUAUAACAGUAACUGGAACAAGAACUAUGUAAAGCCUUUAACCUGCAAUGACCUCAAUUAACCUCUUAACACAGCAUGAUUUGAUGGAAUAAUAUUCUUCAGGGUUAAUUUUUUUUAUUAUAUUCCUGAUUUUGUUUCUGUACCUCUCAUUAGGAGACUCUACAUGAGUCUGGUUUCAUAGAGGCUUUUAGUUUGUUUCUUUACAUUGUUCAUUAAAAAUAAUAAGUCAUUAUUUUUCCACUAUUUAUCUAGUACUAGUAAGUUAAGUAAAAAUAUUUGUAUCUAUUUAGUUCAUCGCUAUUUACUGAUUGAUCACCAAAA